AUGGCGGCUCUUUGCAGGAAGUACGAAAGACCCGACGACCCUCCACCAGAUUCAUCAAAUGUUUUUGAUUUGACGGACGAAGAAAUGAGAGGCUGGAGCAGCGAAAGCAAGAAGCUGCAUGCAGCCCUUAAAGAGGCCGCGGAGGCAGCAGGCGAAGACGCGGGCAUGCUGCACAAUUUUUUAAAUAAAAUCGCAGCUGUCAGUCUUGAAGCCGCCUGUCUUGAACGGUCUCUGUCUCUGCUAACAGAGAAGACAGCAUCUCUUAAAGAGAGUGUAAAGAGACAAAAAGAAGAAGAAGUACUUUUAAUUGACUCUACAGGGUCUCCUCCUGUCUCCGUUUUAUCUGUCUCUCGUCUCUCUUGUAAAGAAACCUCUACACUUAAGCCAAGACAAACAGCAGCAGCAAACACAGCAUAA